CAGUUUUCAACGCCUCUCAAUGAAGUUUUGAGUUUCAAGGGUUGAAUUGUCAAGUGCAGUUGGCGUACAACCAGAAAUCAAGACAAACACGGCGUGCGGAGAAGAGCAAAUUUAAAACGGAUUAACUUUACAAAGCACAUUUGCAGUCGGGAAAUUUUGAUACGGAUUGCUUUGGAUUGUCAGGUGACAAGUUCGCGCCGUCAUUGCUCGCGGGCACGUUCCAAAACAAGACGAAAGGGUUGUCAGCGACUGUCACGAGCCUUCAGCACGGGUACCAUAUUGGAGUGGCAAGAGUGGCAGUCUAAUAUUUCUCCAUGAAAACACGGCUAUUUGUGGCGAGAGGAUUAGACGAAUCAAAGCCUUUCCGGUAUGCUACGGUUGUAGGGGAGGAAGCUGUGAAACAUUCGUCUCUCCAACUGUUGUGAAACGGAAUUGAAUAGGGAAAACCCGUCGCGCGGUUUUUACGAGGCAGAGCUAUCUCAAUGCACAUGGCUGGCGGCGCGGUCUUCAAGAUGCGACAUCUUCUACUGAUUGUGGCGCAAGUUAUCUUGUUUUUCCACGUCGUGGAGUGUGCUUUAUAUCAUCCAUCAAUUUACUGGACUCCUCAGAAUCCGCUGUAAGUCAUCAUUUUCAAUCUAUAGCUCAUUUACAUGGGUAAUGGUUUAAUAAGAUUACGCAAAUCAAAGCUUCGCGGGUAUUUUCAGUCAGUUCUUUGACUGACUCUCCAGUAUCUCGGACAAUCCGUUUUCUCAUACUUUUGAAACCUCUCUACUUAGAUUCUUGCGGCUCUAAGCUAUUAAAUGACAUCGCUUGAUUGUAUUCCCUAUUGAAAUCGCUAAAUUUCCUAUUGUCUUGCUUACUAAUUAUGUGUUUAGUGGAGCCUUUACAGUGAAUACAAAUCGCGCACUGUUAUCAGUUCAAUCGAGUUGGAGGAAAGUUGUUACUCCCUAAACUUAUUCGCGGUUUUGUUACCUUUAAUAAUGUGUCACAAGUUACUGAUAAGGAUUUGUGGCCACAGCUAUAAAGUGCAGUACGUUGUGGAGAACUACAGCCAUGCAUCGGUCUAUUUGCUCGCUGAAGAGAGAAGACAGUUUCCUUUUCAACUAAAAAAGACAAUAUCGUGUAGCUUUGAACGCUCUCUUUCAUUAUGCAUAUUUGUGCAAUGAAAAGCCUUUUUACUUGCGGAACAGCUUUUGGGUUAUAUUCGUUCGUUUCUCGCGUUUGUAGCUUUGUUUUGUUGCUUCAUGUUGCGUUGUUUACAUAGUCCUGUUGGGUUUGCUUCGAAAACCACUAGUGCAAAACAAUGUCAGAAGUAAAACGAAGUCUGUGCGGAAACCUUUUAUCUUUUAUGACUUUUUGUAUAUUAGCUUGGCAUGUUUAAUAACCCAAGAACUGGUAGCUCUAGCAACUUCGUGUGUGUGGCCUAAGCAAGUAAAAAUAUCCGGCCACUGGAAAGCUACAAGAACAACAAGUUGUAAUGAAAGACCACAUUCCUAAUAAUGAAUGUGUACACAACUAAAAGAAAGUACUUCAGAAUUGGCCAUUUGUAUUGAAUUUUCUGAUAAAUUUAAUUAGAGAAUGCCAUAGGGAUAAGCGUUGUUACCUUAGUUACACAGAGAAUUUCCAAGCGAAAACUCUUUAGAAAACUAACCGUUUGUCGAAGGCGAAAUGUGAGCUCUCGUUUUGCCACCAGAUUUCUGCCGUUCGAGAGACGUUGGCGGUAUUUCGUAACACUAGUGACAAAAGGAUUUCUUUAUUUGUCUAUGUGUUUGCUUAAUUUAUACCCUUCCCUCAAUAUUCCGUAACCGCUUGAGUUGAUUACUUCAUUCGCGGUUGGCUCUUCCUGAGCUAACAACAGUAAAUGACCCGUAAAUUGUUUUGAGUGACCCAACGUAAAUUAAGUUUUAUCGAAAACAAUACACCUUUCUGAUAAGCUAAGAUCCAUGUAGCGUUGAAUCAAGACAGUUUUGUGCCUUCAACCUGAGACAAAAGCGAAACGUAUGACCCCGGUUCAUGGCAAUUUUGUGGGAUAAUCCUGUUUGCACAAAAAUUAAGUAGGCCAACUCUUAGAUUUUGAAAUCCUUAUUUUUUUUCGCGUCUGGGUUGAUUCUGUCGUUUCUAAGAAUAACAUUUUGAUAAUUCGACGAAAUGAGAGAAAGAAAUCGGAUGAUGUGCAAUGUAAAUUUACAAAAACAUAUGAAAACAGUAUGUGAAACUAUUUUGACGUUUUAACCCAGCUCCUGGGGGCCAAAGUUAACCAAUCUUGAAAGCAGCACUUGAAAAGCGCAGCCUUUGAAAUGUUAUAGCUGAAAAAAGUGCUUAAAAUAUUGAAUAUUCUAUGUCACGAGCUUUUUUGAUACCCUCUGAUAUAGAUUUUUGUAAUUAAUUCUUAGAGACAGAGUGGGCCCUUUAUUUGCCAAGUGAUGAAAUGAUAUCACCGCUCAGAUAUUAACAGCUUAUUUUCGUUUGUGAGAGAGGAGAUAACACAAGUCAGCCACUAUAGACUGUCCAGUAGUACAACUUAUACUUCAUUUGCAUUGGCAAGCGACUAUUCGCGACGGAUGCAGGACGGCUUGUGUUCUACUUGAGAGGAACUAAUCAGCGUAUAACACCUUUAGUGUUAAUCGUUUCCUCUCCAUUCUAUUCGCGGUGUUAUUUUGUUAAUUGAAUUCUCUUUGGCUUUUUUAGUACUUUGGUCCUUUUGGAGAUUUAAUUGUCGUCAGUUGGCAAUUCAGGCGACUAGCGAUAUCUUUCAUUUCAUUUUCAUUAGGGCGUUCUGAAAUGAGUCCAAUACCUUAGAAAAAGUUGAUUGAGUUGUUGCCCAGGCCACCCUAGUCCAUCAUCACUGUCAAGAAAAUUGCUUUCCGGAGAUUUCAACUGGCUUGUCGGAUUUGUCCUGGCUUGUGUCUGAAAAGGUGUUAGAUGUGCUGUCCAAGAUGAAUAAGACGUGAGGUCAUCUGGCACUAGCCUCUUGCAUGCAAAGCUUAAUCAUAAAAAUAUCUUCACGAAACACGUUAAUACGAAAAAGAUAAAAAUUGCAGUACAUACAAACUAGAUGAACUGAAUGAAAUGAUAUAGCUAGCCUGCUGAGCAAGCUAAAAGACGGUAUGUUUCAUUGCAAUGUAUUAAGACCUCCGGAUUUAAGACCUCUGGGUGUUAAAAUAUUCGUCAGGGCAGGAAUUACAUGUCAUUAGGUGUCUUUACGUUGUAAACGUGGUAGUUUUAAUGAAUUUCUGCUAUAAUCCUUUCAUAAAUUGCGUUACUGGCUUGUUUAAUAGUUGCUGGAAUGCGCAGGACCUGACAUUGGCCUUUCGCUGUCUCUAACUUUGCCUGACUUUGCAGAUUUCAAGCGAAAACAGCUAUGUAGAGAUUUGACAGAUUUAUUGCCCUAAACCAGUAAUCAUACUUAUCAUUUUUCGGUGUGAUUUUGUUUAAAAUGAAACCUGUACACUACUGCAACCACAUCGCCUACAAAUUUAAACGGCCUCAAAAUUUGUUCUUAGUGGCGAUUUCACUUAAGAAAAAAAAACUAGGUGAGCUUUUUUCCUAUUUUAUGAAAGACGAAACGAAUACCAUACAUUUUUGCCACGAUAAACUGUCAUGCAAUUGUGAGGUUAAGCUUUUAUGAAAAUAAAACAUGCCAUAGAAACUUGCGUGUACGCUCCAGCUACAGCUCUGAGAUAAAAUCAGAAAAUCAGUAUUUGAAGAUAAGGAGAGGUGUUUAUUAGCUGUUCAAGGACAUAUCCAUCGUUUGUCAAUUAACGUGUGUGUCCCAAUUUCCACGUUGUAUUCAAACUGUAGGCUAAUAAAUACUAUUUUUGGAACGUACGGAAAAGCCAUCUGUUGUAAAUCAGGUGUCUGAAUAAUUUCACAAAUCUUUCAUUGAUCCGGCCCCAUGCAUUGUGAGAAAUUCCAAAAAAUUUAAAUAUGAUUAUUUUGUCUGGAACGGUUGAGUCUUCAGUUUAACCACAUGUUCAGGAUAAAAAGUGAAAUACCAAGAGUUAACAAUAUCGUUACGUUAUAGCACAGUUGUAGAAGUUCUUUUUUAGUUAUCUGAUGUUUUUGCUAUAUUUCUUCAAUACUCGUAAGCAGAACAUACUUACAUUUUCUACAUAAAGUAAUAUCAGGACAUGAAGAAAAACAUACUUACGCUUUCAUGAAGUAAUAUCAUCAAGAUAGUAAAAUCCAAUAAAGUUUGUUUUUAUUACAAAGGAAUAUCUUAUUAAUAUUCGACUAGCGGCAAAUCACAAAUUAUAGAAGGUGCUGUGUUGACUGACUUUUUUAUGAUUCCGAAGGCGAUAAUGUUAAAAGAAAAAUAUUGGAGAUCCGCUCUUUUCUUUUUCUGGAAGCUGAAAAGUAAUAUUUGUAUAAGAACCACACAAUUCCUUCCUUAUUUAAAUGCGUCUAUUCCGGUAGAAGCUUCCAGCAGAAGUUGAUUCGCGAUUGUUUGGACAUGAAAUUCAAACGUAGGUAAGUCCAGCGUCAUAGGCAAUAAAAAGGACCCCGAAAAUCAUUGAUAUAUAACAGUGAAGUCAUUUGAAACAUUGGAACUUCACAACUUUUUGCUUACGUCUUUAAAUCAUUAAGAGACGCAAAAGAUAAUUCAAUUUUAUUGAGACUGAUUUUCUGCAGUUUCCUCCUUUUAUGCGCGGCGACAAGUGCUUUUUUAAUUUGCCUCACAGACUGCAGAAGCCAUUCUUUGUUACAUGACAGUUCUCAAAGCUACAAGCUGGGUGUAAAUUAACUUGUCACAAUGUCAGUAGCGUUUUGGCAUAUUUCAAACGAAAAACAUUGCUUUCAGUAAUUUCCCUAUCAAGAAGGUCCAUUUAAAUUCCUUCAGAAAAACAACAAGACCGCCAUACGGAAGUAGUUUGCAUAGUUAACAACUUCAAUCACGCCCCAAACUCCAUGCGUGAGUUUGAAAACGUACCCCCAGGACUGUUGUUUCGACGCGUUCGAACUCAUGCGGAGUUAGACAAAUCGUCAACGAAACGAUACAGUAAUUAAUACACACCUACAUAGUUUUGUCUGUAAAUUUGUAAAAAACACUCUCGAAGACUGGCACAUAUGGUUUAAUAGUCAGUUUAACGAACGGGGAUUUGAUAUUGCAGACGGAAAAAAACUAAGGAGAACACUGAUGCUGCCUCUUCUUACCUCACGUGAUAGCCGAGGUUUUCAACCAUAAGCAUCCACAUUACUGGAAGAUAUUCUCAGCCAUACUUUUUAUCGAGUCAUAUCACCCGGGGCCUUUAUUUUGCACAAACUUCGACAGGCUUAAUAACUUGUCGACAUAAGUAUAGAGUGCAUCAAAGUUUCUCUAAUCUUGAUUAAUUCUGCAAUACAAAUUUCAUUAAAUCUGUUUAUGGACCAAACAUGCAUGGAAUUGUUCAAUGAUGUUUUGCGUGGUAUUUUUUCACCGCAAACAUAGCAAUCCGACGCGUAAAUAAAAAGGUAAAAAAAGGUGGAGUUGUGUCUACAUAUGUUAACAACUAAGCGACGUCUAAAAAAGCCCGCAACGGACAUUUAAUCUAUUGCGCCCUUUCUAGGCCUAGAGCGAUGAAGAUUCAGGACCAGUUUAGCCUGCAGUGUUUAGCAAAAUCGCUUCUUCUAAGCCAUUGCAGUUUGCCGAACGCUGAAUGUAAAGGCCAUUUAUAGUGAACAGUUUCAUGAAAGCAUAUGGCUUAGUCUAGAAAAGCAUCUGUUUUCUUAAAAUGACCCAGUAACGAUGAAAUCUGGAGGUCCAAAGAUUUUCUAAACCGUAAAUAACCGACCCUCACUGUCUUCGUAGACUAUCUUUUUUAAUUGAGCCAUUGGAAAGUCUUUUUUUUUACUGUUUCUCAGAUAGAGGCGGGAGUGAGGAGAAGUGAUAUUGACAAUUAGAAAGAGAGGGUUUUCGCUUAACACGGAUGUUCUGUGCUUGGAGUAUUUGCUUUAACGGAGAUUUUUUAUACCACACAUAUUCAAGACGGUAUAAAAUUAAUCCAUGUCCCCACUAGAAAAACCGAAUCGGAAAUGGGGAGCUUUCGUGGCCAUAUGGGCUUCGUCAAAGACCCUUUUAGCCUCUGUUAAUUCACACAAGCCUUCAAAAAGUCUUUGUCUGGUACCACUAUUUUCUUUUUUGUCAGACUUGUAUGGUUUAUUUAUUUGAUUACAGUACUUCCGUGAGCGCCAUAUUUUUUUUUUUUAGUGCCGCACUAAUUUGACAAUGGCAGAAUUCAUUACGUUCGAAAAAGUUAAGUCAGGUGUAAAGUGAAAAAAUUAAAGUUAUUUUUGUAUUGUUAUUAUGUUCACUUUCUAGCUUUUCCUUACUUUUUUUGGCAGGAAUUAUUCUCGCUUUCUCCAAUGCUUUAACCCUGUCCCUUCGACCUUGAGACAAGUUACCUAACGCUUGUCUAUUAUUGUCGAAAAUCGCGUGCUCAAAGCGGUGCGUGCAUGCCUGGUCGGUUGAUGUUUUCGUCGGCUUUGGUUAAGAGUUAUUUCCACUCGUUUCCGAAAGUACUUGAGAUUUCUUCGUCGUAUUGUUAGGUUUUCCAGUAAUAUUGUUAGUCAAAGCUUCGCCCGUGCCAGUUCUUUGUUCAUGUCAGAUUUCCUGUUUAUUACAAAGUGGCAGAGGACCGACAAGAGAUCUUCUUUGUAGAGAUUUUAAUGUUUUGUUCCAGACUGAAGUUGGGAUCACGUCAAACUAAAAAUUAAAAUACAGAUAUGAUACCAAGCGUAGUCUAUCUUUAUGAGAAAAGUGUUUUGUCUGUCUUAAUUUAAUUUGCCCAUUUCUUAAGUCUGUAAAUAUGUCUAAAAUUGUUUGGCUGCGUACUGACGUGACCUGUAGAAACGCUUCACACUUUAAAAAAGCCCUUGACCUAGACCUAAGUCCCUGCGCACUUUGGGUUCUUGUGUGACGAGCGAGGCAUGUCAUUACACUGCUGAAUUAUUUUGACGCAAAUUUCAGGCUUCGUUCACAGGGCACUGGACGGAUUUUCUAUCGGCUGAAAAAUUUGACGAGUUGCUUGGUUCACACUGAACUGUUCAUUAUUUUCAUAUUUUCGAGCAGGUUGAAUUUUAACUUUUGUUAGAGGUUUUGCUAUCAGCCCAUGCGCAGAGCGCUACUUAUUUACGCCUGCUGUAGAAAAAUUAAGAAGGUCAUGGUGUUCGCGCAUUGCUUCGGUCAAAUUUUCGACUGUACCGGCUUAAAAUAUGUCCUCAAUUUUGGCUUUCAAAUUUCGUACGCUUAAGGUGAUUCCGUGUCUGAACUGAACACCUGCACCCUGUCGGAAUUAUAAUUUGUCCGGUGUGCCGUGUGAACAUAGCUUCACUGUAUAUUGCUAGACUAAAUCAUAGCAAUUAGUCGAACACUGAAAGGAAAGCAAUUUUUUCGCUGACAAGCUGAUUAAAUAACUUCGGUUUGAAAGCCAAUUUAUUUUAAUUAUAUCGUAAAACUCCGAAAAUAAGCCCCUCCAAAUAAAAGCCCCCCAAACUCGUAACGCAAAAAAACCUACGUUAAAUCGCCCCUUCCAAUAUAAGCCCCCGUGGGCUUGCACUUGGAAACUGCCCUCAAAUACAAAGUAAUAAAACAAAGCAAAAUCGGUACGGUAACAUAUAAAUUUUUGUAUUUGCCUAAGAACUCACUAUUAAGUGUACCAAAUGAUUACCCUCCGUACAUAAGCCCCUCCGAAAGCCCUGGGACUUACUUUCGGAAUUUUGCGAUAUGUCAUUUAUGUCACUCUCGCUCUGUGACAAGCAGAAGUCAAUUGCUGAUGUUAUUCAAUUUUUUCCCCUUUCAGUUUUGAUCGAAAUGACAGCGUUCUCUACGUACUUCCUUUGUCCAGAGUUCAGGUUGUGUGCCCAAAUCCAUCAACUAUUUUGAAGAAAUUGAAAGUAGAUAGCACAGAAAAGGAAUACCAGAACCUAUGGAUCGUCUCACGCGAAAGCUAUGAACGCUGUAGCACUGACAAGAGCCAAGGGAGUAAACUGCUUUUGCGAUGCGACACUCCCUUGUCACUGAAGUACCUCACAUUAUUGUUUCAGAGAUAUAGUGCUGUUUACGAUUUUGGCUACAUUCCUGGGCAAGAGUAUUACUUCAUUGGUAUGUUGAUUUAGUCCAUAGUUCUUGAUACGUGCCGUCGCGUAGUACACAGUUUACGCUACCGUAAAUCAGGCAACAAAUACGUGCAACUUGAUUUGAAGCAUUGCUACGAAAGUAGUUGGAAAACGAUAUUGCGUGUUUUGCCACCCACAUUCAAACCUGUCUUGCAUGAACAAAUCGGGUUGCUGCAAGUUGCGUGAAUACUCACUUCUGAUUGGAUAAAAGUACGCGGGAAUCACGCCAGGCCGGGACUUACGUCACUUGUUGCAAAACAAGUUUGCCUUGGGCGGGUAGAAUGCGCAACGUGUAAACAUUUUGAUGCAAAAAGUAGAACUACUCUCUACUUUCUGCAAAAAUUUUUCGCAACCUGCAACAACCUGAUUUGUUGCAAGACAGGUUUGAACUUGGGUGCAAAAAUGACGAGCAACAUCGCUUUUCUUCUCUUUACAUGUAUUUGCGGCCCGUUUGACCGUACCUUAAAAUGUUAGCUGUCUCUUCGCCCCACCCCACACCCCAACGACAUCUUGUGUCCUCUCACCAGUGCGUUCUAUUUGAUUAUUGAUAAAUAGAGAGCUUUAGAUUUGAGGACGAGAACGAGUACGAGAUUUCCUUAAAGUUUUUGUGCGUGUUCUAAAAAAACGACACUCCGGAAAGCUUCAUUCUACUUUUUUUCAGCAAAAACGUUAGUCAGUAUGGUUAUUUAUACUGAAGGAGGUUAAGCCCUCUCCCGAUGGCAAAAUCAUAAAACUUCUUACAUUUGAUAACUUGUUCCCGCCACUACGACAUUCUCGCUAAAACUCGUAGUAGAAUGACGACGGCUAUCACGUUUUCCCGCCAAAAUGACGCUGAUUCACGCUUGAGCUAUAUUCAGUAUUGAGAAAAUCUCGUACUCGUAGUCGUCCUCCUCUCAGAAUCUAAAGCUCUCUAAUGAGAUUCAAGUGCUGUCAUUGCCUAGUAACUAGUCCUGAUUAUUACGCGCGGCUUAUGCGUUUCGGGUCACGUGGUCCGAGCGAUUCGCUGGGUCACGUAUACGUCAUCCGAAUGCAUUGUCCUAGACGGUCCAGGAAGACGACGUACAGAGACUAGGCAACGCUGUAUCAUUCAAACAACCUUUUGCAAUGAGCGAUGCGGAAAAUGUGAAUGCAAUCUCUCCUUUGGUUUUUUGCCUGGAAUGAAAGGUUUGUUAUUAUGUGAUGUAUGUUAUGUGAAGUUGCCUUUUUGUGUAAGAUUGCUUAAACUGAUUUUAAUCUGAUGAAAUUUCAGCGACUUCGGAUGGUUCUCAAGAAUCACUUGAUAGACCCUCAGGAGGAAAUUGCCAACAUAGGAAUAUGAAACUACGAAUAUUUGUGUGUCUCAACAAGAAAGGUUAGAAAUACUUCAAAAUGUAUGACAAUGUAGGCAUCCUUGGAAGCUAAGUAAAAUGUCUUAAUAGCGAUUCAGUAAACUUAGUGAACAUUCGUAUUUCCGGUUUUUGAUUGCGAAUCAAAUUGGACUAAAGUAGGCUUCAAUUUUCAAGAAAAUAACAGCCCUUCGUGGGGUGAUUUGUCGGGCUUGUGUCUUUCCUAACUUUAGUAAUAUCCGCCGUUGAUCGAAUAACUCUUCCGUCUUUCGUGGAAAAGUCAUUCACGAUUAAAGAGAAGUCUAGAAUCACGUGCACCUUUACGGCAAAUGGCCAACGUGUUCGCUGCUUUUUGUUAACUAUUCAUAGUAUUUGCACAGUAAAUCAGGUUUCGAUAGGUUCAUACACAAAUGUCAUUUUGCACAUUUUCUUUAUUUUGUUUACUUCCUAUUUGAGAAAGUGUCCACACCGUAAUUUUUAGGGAGUUAUUAUAACUCCAAAAAUGGAGUAAAAAUUUUAGGUACAGGAUAACCCCUUUUUUGGGGUUAUUUUAACUCCUAAUUUAACUCCGAAUUUGGGGUCAUUUUUACUCCUGAAAAAGAGUUCUUUUUACUCCCAGUCUUGGGAGUUAAAAUUACUCCGAAAUGGGGUUACUUGCACUCCUUACAGGGGUUGUUUUUACUCUUUUUGGAGUUAAUUUAACUCUGAAAGUGGAGUAAAAAUUUUAGGUACAGGAUAACUCCUUUUUUGGGGUUAUUUUAACUCCUCAAUAUCUGGGGUCACUUUUACUCCUGAAAAAGAGUUCUUUAAACUCCUUUUUGGAGUUAAAAUAACUCCACGAAAAUAACUCCACUGUAAGGAGUUAAAUUAGCCCCACUAGAGGAGUUAUUAUAACUCCCUGAAAAUUACAGUGCAUGUAAGUCUAACUUCUGCCGCUUGUUGUCAGCGUAAAUAACAAUUAUUGGACGAGGUUGAGCGAAAUAUCGUGUUUUGUCAUUGGGGAGCAGAUCAAUUAUUUGCCGAAGCCGAAUGUGGUGGAUGAGACAAGAGGACAACAGGACGUGCCCUCUUUACACAUUAACAUGCUGGGACGUCAGCAUACAGGUCGCCAGUAGCUCUCUUCUCUCUUGCUUUAAAAAGCCGUCGACGGUCGUUAGAUUAGUUGUUCUAGGUAUGACUUAAUGAUAAUAAACUGUUAACAUUUAUGGUAGUAAUUAGUUAAUUCUCUGAGUUGUUUGUUGUUUUCCUCAAGAUCCCCGUUGCAAUCCGCAAACAACAACGACAGCAACAACAGCAACAACAACAACAACAGCAGCAACAACAAUAACAACAACAACACCAGGCGUCACAAAUGCAACGUCAGCAAAGGCAACAACAAAAGUUAUAAGUACUGACACAGAUAUUCAAGCUGCGAUCCUAUCUACAAAUCCGGGAUCCACCACUGUUCUUAACACAAAUUCAACUUCACUCGUACCUAUCGCGGAGGUCGGUAGGCCAUCAAGUUUACCAACAAGACAAUUUAGUUCAAGCGCCAUUUCUUCUUCAUUUUCUUCGACGUCUACAAAAACAGUGACGCAACCAGUUCUGGUACGUGCUAGUUCAGGCGAUCAAGGCACAUCUGGACAUAAGCGUGUGCUAGGUGCAGGUAAAGCCGAUUCGGGUUAUUUUCCUUUCCACCGUAGAGUUAUUCUCCCUUGGGGCCACAAUGAAAAUGACUGGGUCCACCCUCUCGUAUUUGUAUUGCCAAGUACAGUCGAACCCCGCUUUACAGACACUCGCUUAAUACGGACACCUCGUUAUUAGGGACACUUUUAUUUGUCCCUGGGGAAAAAAAGCCCUUACAUUUUCUCUAAAUCCCGCCAACCCCCUUAAUGCGGACACCCAUUAAUGCGGACAACGGACACUUGUUUCUUGGCCAGUCAACAGAUUUUCAUAGAAAGUCAACCUUUCUAAUGCGGACACUUCAUUAUCAAAUCCUUUGCUGUAACAGGUCUUUCCUUUCUGAAGGAAAAAAGUCCCUAUCUGUUUACAGCAUUUCGAUGUUCCCAGCGCUACAGUACACCGGAUAGAGCGAUUUUUAGUCGUCAAUUUCUGGCUAUUUUGGCAUCCUUCAAGUUAUGCAGAGAACGGUUUUCAUUAAGAAAUAUAUAGAUGAGCGAUUUUUGAGUGUUUCUGUGGAUUUAGUGCGCGGAAUAACGGCUUUGUGAAGGUUAGAGAUGUUACAUUUGACUAUUGUAAUAUCCUCUUUUAUUCCCUUUAUAGUAUUUUGUACUAAUAAAAGGUGUCUUUUCGACUUUAAUAACAUGACUCGCUUAAUACCGACACCCCGUUAAUAUGUCUGUAUUUACAGGGUUUGACUGUGGGGGUGCUGUCCUUGGUGGUAAUAUGAAGAGGUUGGUGGCCAUAUCAAUAUUAGACUACGAGUAGUCCCCUAUUUUUCCUCAGGGAUUGAAGAGCGAGCGAAACACGAGCGCGCGUGAAAAUCACCCCACGCGAAAAAAGGGCUUUUUCUCACGUGGGGUGAUUUUCACGCGCGCUCGCGUUUUGCUCGCUCUACUCUCCCUGAGGAAAAAUGGGGGACUACUAGCAGUCUAUAUCAAUAUGCACCUACAAUAUUGCUGUUAUCGGUUUGCUUUUCAUUAAUGUCCUCGCACCCAACUUUGAAGCAGAAAGGGCUCGGAGAUGAAGAAAGUUUCAACAAUUGCGACCUAGAUUGUGGUACAAUUUGAAGGGUUUGGCUGAUUAUUUUUUUUUUUUGUAUGUGCGGUAAACUUCUAUAAAAUGCUUUCCUCAAUUAAAACAUCUCUUUUUAAUUCCAUGUCUUUUUAAUAUUUCCACAGUUUCAGAGAUGAACUGGAUCAUUAUUGUUCCUUUAAUGGCCUGUCUUCUCCUAUCUCUUAUUGGAAACAUCAUCUUGGUUUGUCGCUUGAGAGUUCGACAAAACGAGUACUGUGUAACCGAAAAAUGCAAUGCAAUAGUGGAAGCGGCGCCUGUUAAACAUUUAGAAUCUCCAAAAAUACAAACCAGAGUGGAAAAAGCUCUACUGUUAUUUAGAAGAUCCGCGGAUGUUUCUGAGGUUUAACGCCUCCAAAGGUUGGUCGAAUAUCGCUGGAACCGAUGAAGAGGCAAAAAGGCCCAGCUCUGUGGUACCCGCCGUUACGCGAAGCAAGGGAAGAACGAAACCCCGUCAUGAGAAAAAAGCAUAUGGCAAUCGUUGGUAUAUAAACAGAGAGGGAGUAGUGGGACAUGAUUUUCUCUUGAGGGUAAAGGCGUAAUUGUUGCCUGGUUAUGGACGCCGCAGAAACGCAGCUCGCUGGCGAAAAACCGUAAAUUGACAGUUCAAUCAAACGUCUCUGUAUGGAAUAUUUUUUGACCUUCCGUACCCGGAGAAAAAGUUGUUUUAUGAUCUAAAAGCAUGCGAUGUCAAGAGAAAGAAUUUGUUCUAAUUAGAAAGAUUAUUUCAAAAUUGCGACUGAAGGCCUAUCAGGACAGAGAUAAUUUGUGGUUAUUUUAAAACUGUUUUAUCUUGGUUCGUUAUUCUGAUUUUAUUGCCAGAGCUAGUUUGGCUGGUAGUGAGCAGAUUCGAAAAUGGUUUUAGAGCGGAGAAAGUUCACUAUCGUUUUCAGUAAAGAAGAACGCAUCGUUGGUCUGCUUUGUUUCCAGGCAAACAGAAUGAACAGGAACUAGCUAUCUGGUAAUAGAAGGUAUUAGGUUUUUCAAGCAAUAUAUUUAUUUAUUGUUUUUAUCUCCGUGAUUAUUCUUCAUUCCAAACUAGACUCAUUCAUUAAGUUAGUGCGCCCCAAAUUCUAGUUUGUUCGCGAGUUCGUAUUGUUUCACCAUUUGGAAUUGAAAAUUGGUUUGCAUUAAUGAUCCUGAAACUUGCAAGACGCUUUUGAUUUAGUUAUACUGUAUAUUAUAAAAUAAGAUACGUUAUAAUAGUUGUUUAUGUACGUAGCUCUAUUUAUUGAAGAGGGAAUAUUUUGAAUUUUUACAGAGUUGUA